AUGACGGGACAUUCAGCAAGAUGUUUAGGACGACUGGCGUUGCUUGGUCUGUUUUCGAUCUUGCCUCUGGUUCGGGCUCAGGGCCCGUCUUCUCUGGAUCUGUUGAUGGUGGGCAACUCUUUCAGCAAAGCCCACAACAUGGAAGAAAUGAUUCAGACCAUGUUGAACGAACGUAAAAUGAUCCUCCAGACGACUUCCAUUUUUGCGGCCCGGUUCGAAGAAGGAGGGGCCAAUUUAACCCACUAUGCCUAUGCUCCUGCCCUGAAACGCAUGAUUCACGAUCGACCUUGGACUUGGGUUGUGUUACAAGAACAGAGUGAAACCCCGGGGUUUAACGAGAUGCAGUCAGCAUGGCUAGGCGGCUUUAAUGCAUCUCGAAAAUCCGUCGAGAUUUUGAACCGAGAAAUCCAAGCCAAUGGUGCAACUACUAUUUUGUUCGAGACAUGGGGGUAUUUUGAUUUGGAUCCCUACAACUCGGGUUAUUAUCCUGACUACCCCACCAUGCAGGACAAAAUUUCUCGUGGGUACCAGAUUUAUUACGAUGAUAUUCUCAAGGAUAAUGCUACCGCCCACGUGAAAAUUGCACCCGCAGGAUUGGCGUAUCAACGCAUUUACAAUUCCAUUGUUGACAAGGGCAAGGAUCCGCACGAGAAGGGAUCCUUAUUUGAAGAACUCUACAUGACUGUGGAAGAUCAUCCCACUCCCGACAACAAUGUUGCACGCAAGUAUCCCACACUGGAAGGAUCCUAUCUCUGCGGAUGCGUCCUUUUUCAAACUUUGACUGGCUUGGAUGUGAGGCAAUCGGGGUAUUACCCAACUGGAAUGGAUGUGAAACUGGCCAAAAUCUUGCGCGAUGUAGCCUAUGACACAGUGGUGGAAAUUGAAGGAACGGGAGAUGCAUCGGGAUCCGCCUACGACUAUGGCGGUACCCGGCCACCCUAUAUUCCACAAGACAGUGGCAACAGCAGCACCGGCGGUGGUUCGCCAGCUUGGCGUUGGAUGUUGGCAGCGGUUCUCAUGGCAGGAGGAUUGGGAUCGUAUUGGAUGGCUGGAAAACGGCAACAAAGAUCGAUGGUGCCUCCUAGCACUCGUGACUAUGGAUGGAAUCCCAUAUCGCAUGAAGAUGCCAUGGAGUUGACUGAUGUUCCCAACUCGGGCGCAUCAAUGCCACUUGCUUAG